CUUUCUUUCCUUGGUUCGCUGAUUAGCAGCUGCUGAGGCGGCGUCCCCGUAUGGUGCCUCGACGCCGUCCACACGGCUCGGUGGUUCCCGUUAUGGACGCGAGGAACCGGGGUGAAGCAGCGUGCCGCUUCCCCCCGGAUGGCGGAGUGGAGUGAGCGAGGAUGCGCUUCCCCAGCUCCAUCUUUGUGUCGGUGUCUCUGUUCACGGCGGAGACCACGGCAGCCCUGUACCUCAGCUCCACGUACCGCUCCGCAGGGGACCAGAUCUGGCAGGGACUCACGCUGCUCUUCACGCUCGUCCCGUCCGUCCUGGUGCAGCUGACUCUCACCUUCAUCCACCGGGACCUGAGCAGAGACAGACCGCUCAUUCUGCUGCUGCACAUCCUGCAGCUCGGUCCCAUUGUCAGGUGUCUGGAGGCGUUCUGCAUCUAUGGCAGCGUGGGCCAAGUGGAAGAGCCUUAUGUCAGCAUCACCAGAAAGAAGCAGAUGCCCCGCGAGGGGCAUUCAGUGGAGGUGGAGCGGCAGGUGGGACAGGCCGAGGGGAAACUGUUCACGCACCGUGCAGCAUUCUCCCGCACAUCUGUGAUUCAGGCCUUCCUGGGAUCGGCUCCCCAGCUCACAUUGCAGCUCUACAUCUGUGUGCUGCAGCGAGGGGUAUCUAUUGGAAGAGGCACUCUGAUGGUCAUUUCCCUUUUGUCCAUUGUGUACGGGGCACUGAGAUGCAACAUCCUUGCCAUUAAGAUCAAAUACGAUGACUAUGAGGUGGAUAUUGGACCCAUGGCCUACCUGUGCAUCUUCCUGUGGAGGAGCUUUGAGAUUGCCACACGUGUGGUGGUCCUGGUUCUGUUCAGCUCCGUACUGCAGCUUUGGGUCCUUCCUGUGGUUUUCUUGAAUUUUGUGGUGUUUUUCUUUUACCCCUGGAUCCUCUUCUGGCAGAGUCACUCUCCGUUCCCGGAGAACAUAGAGAAGACCCUCACCAGAGUGGGGACCACCAUCGUAUUGUGCCUGCUGACUUUCCUCUAUGCAGGCAUCAAUAUGUUCUGCUGGUCUGCUGUGCAAGUGAAGCUGAGCGACCCGGACCUCAUCAACAAGUCCCAGAACUGGUAUCGCAUGGCCGUGUACUACAUGGUGCGCUUUGUAGAGAACGCCUCAUUGCUCUUGCUCUGGUACAUCUACAAAACAGACUUCUACGAGUUCAUCUACGCCCCGCUGCUUGUGCUGCAGCUGCUGCUGGCUUACGCCAUCGCCAUCUUCUUCAUGCUGGUCUUCUACCAGUUUUGCCAUCCGUGCCGGAGGCUCUUUUCCUCCAGCAUGACGCAGGGCCUCUGGGAUUGCUCCUCCUUCCUAUGCUACUUAUGUACCUCAGCAUCCCAUCAGAGCAGGCCGAUGGGGAGGGCAACAACGGAGCCUUCUGCCCAUAUAGAGCCAUCCAACGACCAAAUCCACGACACAGCGAGCGAAAGCGCAGAUGAAAUGCAGAAUGACACAACGUACGACGUGCUCAACGACACAAUCUACGACGUUCCCAAUGUGGAAAAUAGCAUCAGAGGUGGAGUCAACGGGGAUGUAAGCCACAGUGUGUCCUGCAAUGUCUAAAGCAUCACAAAAGUGCAACCUGUGUCCCUCAGUCACUUUCACAGUCCUCUUUCUCAUAUCUCUCGCUUCUUUCAAAUAAGAGGAAGAUAUGGAUUAAUUCUGGCUGCAAACAUACACAGAUGAUCAGCCAUGUUUCAGCUUACAUCUUCCCUUUUGCAGCUGGUUUAAUUUGAUUGUUUUAGAGUCCCCUUUUUGGCAUGGAUGCAUGCAGAUGUCUUAAAUUCCAAUGAGCUACAAAAGCUGUUAAGAAGAAUCCAUCCUUGUCAGUUUAUGGCUGCAAACAAUGAGCUUUUUUACCACUUCAGUUAAAAACUUUUUGUUUCUCAAACACUGCUUAUGUGAUGUGCUCAUGCUUGAUGACGAGAUGUUUGAUACUAAAUAACAGAUAAAGAACCGCUCCACAUGCUAUUGUAAAGCACAGGUAUUUUAAAGAAGCGUAAAAUGUAUUUUGCACGUUUACAAAAAAGUGUCUUGCUCAGCAGUCAAUCAGCAGCCAUAGUGACUGGAAAUGUUUUUUCUUCUGUGUAUCUCACUUGUAAUACUUAAGAGUAAAACAUGUUUAACUAAAAGAAAACACCAAAUAUUUUUUGCUGUUUUUUUUUUUUUAUAUCACAAAUGUAACUUUACAUUUAAAAAUGUCACUGCGCUUGUUUUCUGAAUUAAUCCCUAUUUUUUGCUACGUAUCUGCAGUGGAAUCAACCAAACGCUUCUGUUUGUGUAAACAUUCAUGCUGCGACACAAAAAUUACAAACAUCCUGACACUAGAAAUUUG